CUCGACCUAUCCCUUCUCAACCACAUUCUAGUCAACAUCAAUCUCGACCUAUCCCUUCUCAACCACAUCCUAGUCAACAUCAAUCUCGAGCUAUCCCUUCUCAACCACAUCCUAGUCAACAUCAAUCUCGAGCUAUCCCUUCUCAACCUCAACCUCAUUCUCAACAUCCAUCUCGACCCAUCCCUUCUCAAAUUAUGGUCAUUGAAGCCCCAUCUUCAUCUAGCCAUGUUAGUGGAGACACCGUUGGAACUAAAAUCCCAAUACUUCCGGAAGGUGAUGGGUUUGAUCAUCAUAAAUUGGUAGUUGCAGAAAUUUCCCACAUCAUACGCACUCAUUUGAGUGAGGGAAAACCAUCAUGGAAGAAAUUAUCAUCUAAUCAAAGAGAUUCUUUCUUUGACUUAUUUCAGAGAAAGGAAAAGGGUGCAGAUCCAUCAUUGACCGAGUUCUAUUUUCGCACACAUCGGAAAAAGGAUCAAAGUUGGGUUGGAGUUCAUGCUGAAUCUGCAUAUGAUAAAUUUGAACAGAAAAAGUUGGAGAUUUCUUCUCAGAAUCCAACUAUUCCAGGAGAGGACGAAGCUGAUAGUCAACCAACUAAUGAAAUUCCACCUGAUUUGGAUAUAUGGGUAGAGUCGGUUGGAAAGAAGAAAGGGAAUAGGGUAUUUGGUCUUGGAACCGCAUCUAAGACUUUGGUUUCUGUAUCAAAGAAACCCUCAAGUCUUUCAAGUGACUCUCAAGAGGUUGAUGUUUUGAGAAGUCAAGUCCACGCCUUAAAUGCAUCGUUGCAAAGACAAGAACAAGAGAAGAUGGUGAUGAGGCAACAAUUGCAUCGACAAGAAGAAAAGAUGGCCGAAGCGAAUAAUAAAAUUUCAUUUUUAAUGAAUCAUUUAGGAUUUGUUGGUUCUUCUUCUCAUCCACCACAACCCACUAAUGAAAGUGAUCACGCAAAUGAAGAUGUCGUCGAUGAAACAGAUGAAGAAGACCUUAGUAAUGAAUUUUGAUUUGUACUUUUUUUC